UGAUAACAUUGCAUUUGUCGAUGAAUAAAUAACACCAACGGCAACACCCUCAUAAUCCCCAAAACGCCCCCACUCUUCUUAUAAUUUCCGAUCAUCUUCUCCCCGCCCAAAACCCAAAAUCCCCUAAAACCCUAAAUUCCUCAUUUCUUUGAUUUUUUUUCCUUGGAUCGAACGCUGAAAUGUAUUCGGAUAAGAGCAAAAGGUCGGUUUGGGAUCGCCUGAACAUUGAUCACAAUGAAGAUCUCGGCCGGAGCCAGAAUGAGGAUUCGAAUAGGCAGCAUCAAAGAGAUGACAAAUGGAAGCAUGAUCUUUAUGAUGAUAGGGAACCUCAUACUUCAAAACCAAGGGUAGGUCCCGGAGAUCUCCGAUUCGAGCUCCAAACGAAAGCUUCACAGCAAGCUUAUCAACGUGGUAAGGGCACAGGAGUCGGAGAUCUUCGUGAAAAUCUCUCUGGUAGAAAGAACACAUGGCCCAUUAAGAAAAGUGCCUCGUCUUCUGAAGCAACUGUAUCAGAAAAUAAAAGGUCCGGCCCAACUUCCAAGAAGCCCCUGCAAGAGUCUAAUUCAUCAGUGGACGCGUUUUUACAAUCUAUAGGCCUCAAGAAAUAUUUGCCACUAUUCGAAGCAGAGGAGAUUGAUGAGAUGACGGUUCUUGUACACUUGACAGAGGAGGAUCUCAAGGACCUUGGUCUCCCAAUGGGUCCAAGGAAAAAGAUACUUCUAGCAUUAGACUCGGGCAAUCAGUAGCGGAUUCACAUUGUCUAGCAUUUUGACUGUGUAGUUUGGUAAUUGAUGUCCUCAGCAAAUUGUACAGCAAACGUUGAGAGAUUGCAUCAUGAAUGCAUUGCUGCAGUUUAACCCAAAGGCUUGUCAGUAGGGGAUCCGAAUUGGAUAGCAUUUUGACCUGAGUUGCUUGUUAAUUGAUGUCCUCAGCAUGGGAUUUAAAUUGUAUAGCAAUCCUUGAAAGAGAGUACCAUGAAUACUUAGCUGCAGUUUAACACGAUUCCUUGUCGGUAGGGGAUCCAAAUUGUAUAGCAUUUUGACUGAGUAAUUUGUUCGUUGAUGCUCUCAGUAGGGGAUCCAAAUUGUAUAGCAACUCUUGAGAGAGUAUCAUGAAUGCACAAGCUAUACAAAGUUACAAGAAGGUUUAUAUGAAAGAUAUUCAAGAAAAUUGCAUAAA